AUGUCAACUAGAUCGCAGCUUACGAAAGAUUUAAACGGUUUGUCUCUUAUUGAAUGUUUACGUUCGUAUCGUAGAACUGUCAUAUGUUAAAAAAAAAGAACACGUCUUUCGUUAAAUUAAGUUAUUCUCUAAGGAUCUUUCUAAGAAUUUUCUUAGUAUCUAUUUUAUUUCAUAAGUAUGCAAAAUGGAUUGCAAUAGAAUUUUAAAUCUUAUUAAUUUUGCAUAUUUUGCAAGUUGGUCUUAACUUAAAAGUGUAACUUUUCAUAAAUUAUUCAUUAUUUGUAGAAUCGGUGAAAGCGUUACUGGGUAAGCAUGUAAAGAUAUUAUUAAAAAAUGUUGUAAAAUUGGAAACAAAACAAGAUAAACAGGAAAAUCGUGUUUUGGUAAGUGAUAUUUCUAGUAUUAACACAUUGCGGUACAAAGUAAAUUUGAAAUUGUUCGGUGUAAUAGUCCAAUGAAAAAUUAAAUUUUUAUUGUCUUCAUUUAAGGUUUUUUCACCAUGCCGUUUGUUUCUUUUAACGGCCAAAGUACCCACAAGAGUAAGACGAUAGAUAAUUUUGUUCUUAUGAAUAAGCUAUGUGAUUCUGUUAACAGUAAUAUUUUAAUUAUUUUCUUACAGAUCGACUGCCAUUUUCAUUAUUUAGAAAUAACAUCUAUAGAAUCCAAAAGAGCGAAUCAAUUAUCUUUAAGUGUUGGGGAAAGAUAUUACAAUUUUACUACCACAGGAGCAGGUGCAGAUACUACGGAAGUAGAUGCAAUGAUUGAGGCCUUACAUACUGCAAUUCGAAAUAUCUUUCCCACUGUACCAUUAAACUAUAUUAUAAGAAAAAUAGAAGUAAUACCAGGUAGUAGACUGCAAAGUAUAAGAGGUAGUGAAUUAGCUAGAAGUACAGAAGCAACAAGACAUACUGGACCUUGUGGGGGGUUUUCAACCCAAUAUGCAUGUAUGUGUGAUUUACACGGUGUACCAUAUAGAGAAGAAGUAGCUUGGGAUGUUGAUACAAUAUACCUUUCUCAUGAUACAAGAGAGUUAAAUUUAAGAGAUUUUGAUCAUUUAGAUCAAAAAGAUUUGGUGCCAAUCAUUUCCGCCCUGGAAUAUAAUACUUGGUUUACAAAAUUGAGGGCAUCUCAUCUUAAACUAAGUCAUGAACCUUUGGAAAGAUUGUUACAUGUUAUGCGAGGUGCACAUUUAAGUGGACCUAUCGGAAAAUUACCUAAGGGUUUACAAAAAUUAAAUUUGGCACAUUGUGGAUUAACUGGAAAAGGAAUAAGUCAAAUUGCACAUGCAUUAAGUUUAAAUAGAAGCAUGCCAACUAGUUUGCAAUAUUUAAAUCUUUCAGAAAACUGUUUAAAAGAUGAUAUCAAUCUCUUUGGUGCUCUACUACGGGGUUGUGCAACUAAUCUAGUCCAUUUAAAUGUUGCUCGCAACUCUUUUUCAAGUAAAAAGACCAAAGAAAUACCUCCCAGUUUUAAACAAUUCUUUACAGCUACACUUUCAUUAAAGUACUUAAAUAUAUCUUGUUGUAAAUUGCCGCUAGAAGCAUUGAAACACUUGUUACUUGGUUUGGCAUGUAAUGAAAGUACAGUUGGUCUAGAACUUGAUAUGAGUGGAAACAAUUUGGGCUCUAUGGGUGCUCAUGUACUGGAAUCAUGCAUUCAUGGUGUACGUUGUAUAGCAUCAUUGGAUAUAUCAGAUAGCAAUAUGGAUGUUGAUUUAGCACAAGUGAUAACUGCUGUAGGGAAAAACAAAUCGAUCAAACAAUUAUAUAUGGGUCGGAACACUGUUAGUAUGAAAAGCAAACAUAUUGCUGUGGUAAUGGAUGCCCUUGUGCAAAUGCUUCAAGAAGAUGAUUGCGUUUUGCAAGCAUUACAUUUACCAGAUUCUCGAUUGAAAUCUGAUCUUUAUAAUCUUAUCAAUGCCCUUGGUAGUAAUACUUGUCUUCAUACUUUAGAUAUUAGUGGUAAUCAAAUUGGAGAUCCUGGUGCCAGAUUAUUAGCAAAGGCAUUACAAAUUAAUAAUCAUUUACGGACCAUUAUUUAUGAUAAAAAUAAUAUCACUCUUCAAGGUUAUGCUGAUAUUGUUCAUGCUUUAGAAAAGAAUUGUAGUGUAAGACACAUGCCAUUUCCAAUUUAUGAUUUACAACCAUGUAUGAAAACUUCAGCUGAAAAAACUGAACAAUUAGCUAAAAAAAUUCAAGAUUUGUUACAAAGAAAUGUUACACCAUGUAAAUAUAGUCAUGGACAAGCAUUUAGAUUACAACAGGGAUUUUUGCUAAGCUCUACACAACAAAUGGUCGAUAGAUUGGUUGUACAAACUCAAGACACUAUUAAAGCUAUUGCUGCAGAAAGCUGUGAUGCUAAUAAUGACAUUAAUUAUGCAACUGGACUUAUACAGGAUGCAGAUAAUUCAAAACAGCUCUUACCGAGAUUACAUGAAGUUCUUCAACGACGAGACGAAAAUAAUCCAAUAGAAUUGAAAUUACACGAAAUGGCAAACGAGCUGCAUAAAGUUGUAACUAUACAUUUACAGGAUUCCUUAGAUGCUAUGAUAAAGUGUGCAAAUGAACAAUGUCCCACAAUACUUUCACAAACGGUAAUUAGAGGUGAUGAAAGUGAAUCAGUUGCAGUGGAAGAUGAUCUACGAAAUAGUUGCAAGGAAAAGAAUCAGAUUAGUAAUGAAUUCAUACAUACUACUAUCACAGAACAAGCUGGAGCAGAUAUAGUAAAUAGAGUCAAAUUGGUGAUUGUGAUAGUAGAACAAGAAGCAGUACACCUGAUGUAUUACGGCCUAGUGCUGGUUCAAUGAGUAGUGGAAGUGUUAUAGGAGUUACAAGCACUGUAGGUGUGUCUACAGCAUUACCAAUUGGUAGAACAAGUAUUACUUCAGAAGAAGACUGUCCGCCAGAAACUUAUUCACUUGUGAAUUCUAUUGGUCAAUGUUCCAGUGAUCAAUCUCCAAUGGCUACGCCACAUUUAUCAAAUAAACGAAAAAGUUUACAUGGAAGGAAAUUACGACCGAAAUCUGUAGUUGAUUCUGUAGAAGGACUUUCGGCCGAUGACAUUCCAGAUUUAUUACCAUCCUUACCAAAAAGUCAAGCAGAAACUAUUUCAGAAACAGAACAUUCUUUAACAGAAUCAUUAGAUUCUGUUUCUGAAUUACCUAAUACUGUAGGACAACAAUUGCAACAUUUAGUAAAAUCUAGACCACGUAGAACAAAGACUAGAGCACCUACAAGACCAAUCUCCUUGCAUACUUUUCCAACUGAUGGUAGUCCAAAUUUAUCUCUUACAAGUCACAAAAGUAUUCCACCUGAGACGGAUAAAAAACCUGGUUGUAGUUCACCAAUGUUAAAAACACUUCUUGAGCCUGCACCGCGAUCACGCUCCAGUGAUAAUUUAGAAAAAUUUUCCCCUCUUGUUGGCAGAAGGUCUCAAGGUGAUUCACCGUUAACUGCAUCUCCAUUAACUCGACGAAAUACAACAGACAAUGCACAAAAUCAUGAGAGAAGUGUUACAAAAUCUGAUAAUAGUAAAGAUACAAGUAACAACGUAUGCAAUAAUUGUAUCAGUAAUACUGCUGAUACAUCGAAACGUAGUACACUACCUAUUAUUAGUUCUGGUACAAGUACACGCAGUUUGCGAGAUUCGGAUGAAAAUAAUAAAAUUUUACACCAGCAAACUGUUACAAAUUCUUCAGAUAAAGAUAUAGUGACUGUUUCUAAAGAUUACGAAAACAAAAAAAGUUUAACUAAAAAAUCUGCGGUAGAUACAGAUAAGACUACAAAUCAAUCUUUGCCUUCUCUUAAAUUAAGAUCGACAGGUUUUGAUCUUCGUAGUCCAACAAACGGUAGCAGUACAAAAACUAAUUCGGAAGCAUCGAAAUCUCCAGUAUUAAGGUCUUUAACCAAAGGAAAUAGUUCAAUUACAGAUGGUAAAAAUAAUGGUGCUCUUUCCAAAACUAAACCUGUUCCUCCUGUAACAGCUCCGAAACCGAGACCUUGGAGCAUGGCUACUGAUAGAAAAUCUGGAGAAUUUAAUUUAUUAAGCGAUGGUUCUAGCCCAAAUACUUCAGCUGGAAAUACACCUGAUUCUGGAGAUGCACUUGAUGAAUCAACAGAUAGUGGUGUAAGUGGUCCUGCUUCCUUACCGCCAACGUUAUCAGCAAGUAGUACUGCUAGUUCCUUAAGCAACGCAAGCGUAGAAAAAAGAUCAGUCAGGGAACUGGCAGCUAGUUUAAACAAAAGUAAAACGGAAAGGAAAGAGAAUGGUAACGGAAGUGCCGAAAACGGUUGAAGAAAAUCGUAUAAGUUUUAAACUCCGACGUACUUCAUUUUUACGUGAUUCAAAUUUCAAUUACAAUAACGACGUAGUUGAUGUUUGA